AUGGGUUCCAUUCUCGAUCUGCUCGGCAAGACCGACAACUUUGGCGAUCCUAAACCGACCCUUAACGAACGGCCUGCGGUGCUUGGCAUGGUCAUAUCCUUUCUAAUUCUUGCUUGGAUUUGCGGUGCUUUUCGACUCUACGUCCGUUAUUUUAUCGCCAAAUGUCCAGGAUGGGAUGACUUGCUGGUUGUGCUGGUCAUGUUGACCAGCUUGCUUUUAUCUGUUGCCACAUGCAUAGCUACGAACUACGGGCUUGGUGAACACUUCCUUACGUUAGGUCUUGAUGGCAUGCAAGCAUUCGUGAGGAGCUUCUAUGUCUGCAAUGGCGCGUACCCCAUGGCCACAGCUUUGAUUAAGCUGGCUUUACUCUUCCAAUACCUACGCAUGUUCGAAAAAGGCACCAAGUCUCGACUUAUUACUCUUGUCUUCAUCUAUAUCACCGCCCUCUGGGGAAUCGCCUAUACCUUCCUGGCUUGGGUGCCUUGUUACCCUGUAUCGGCGUUCUGGGAUUUGACCUCCAACACAAAGCAUCGCUGGGCCUUUGGCUCCCAUGAUCCCAUUGUUUUCGCUCGCACGUUCGAGAGCCACGUGGGCAUGAAUGUGGCGUUGGAUAUCAUUGUCUUUAUCAUUCCCAUAAACCUGUUCGUUCAGCGGGGCCUACGGGCAAAGUCACGCUUUGGCCUUUUGGGUCUCUUCACCAUGGGUGUUCUUGUGAAUAUUCUUGGUAUUUUCCGCCUCAUCGGCAUUACCUACAGCAAUGCUGGCACAUACCCGACUCUCGACCCCAGCUGGUACGGCAGUGUUCCAAUUGUACUCGCCGCAGUCGAAGUCAACCUAGCCACCAUCUGCGCUUCGCUCCCCGUCUUCUGGCCUGCCCUUCAGAGCAACCUGGGAAAGAUUUUCAUUACCAAAGAGAUCGAAAUCACGUCCGAAAUCAGACGUUUCAGCACCGACGAGGAAGCCACCGCGGAGCUGUGCGACUUUCCCCAGAGCCCUCCAAAGAGCCAUGUGCAGGAUAGCAGUACGGGAUGGUACACCGAUACAUCCGGCUUAUCAAGAUCGACGAGGGUGGAGGUGCAAUCGAGUGCAAGUCAGAGGUCAGGUGAAAAGCUGUUUGCCACUGAAAGUUUCAACAAAAUAUCUGAAGACCAAGUGUCUCAGCAUCGUCUCGUUAGUCCUUAG